AUGAGAAGGUCCAUCCUGCUGGCCGCCGUGGGGUGUGUGUGUGCGUGUGUGGGGCAUCGUUGCCGUGCCGCACCUUGCGCUAUUCUUCUUCCCGGUGCUGUCAUUAUUAUGAUGAUGUUGGUUGCUGUCGUUGUUGUUGUUGUUGGUGGUGGUAGAAAUCGGGGUGUUUAUGUUGGUACUGUCGCCGUUUCUUAUAUUUAUUUAUAUUUUCUUGGUUUUUUGUGUUUGUUGUCUUUCAUUGCGUUGGUUUGUCCGCGGGAAGAAGGAGGGAAAGUCGAGGGCCGACUCACGGCACAGGACGGAAGGAUGUCAUGUUGUGUCUGCAUCCUGCACUCCAGCGGUGUCUACUGCAGUCCCGAGCUCCUUUCUCAAGCUGCGUAUGGCGUCUCCGCUAUGUUUCACUCCCUCCAGACGUGCUCGGCGGACUUCAUUCCUUCUGUCGCCGUUCUACGUGCCAACCCGAUAGAGGGGGUGCGGUACGCGUACACGUCAUGCGUCAACGAAGUUCCACACGAUGCGGAAGCUAAGGAUGAAGACAAUGGAGCAGCAGAGCAAAUGAAGAAUGAUGCUCUGCGAAAGACUGGACUCACUGCGCGCUUUAGUGGUCGCUCGGUUCUUUGCUUGCAGCAGGCCAUUCUGCGCUGUGAAGACGCAGUAGAUAGCACUAAAAAAGAGAGAAGUGAAAAUGUGGAUGUGUGGCGUUGCCUCACUGGCGCGUUAUUGACUGCGUGCGGUUUCCUCCGUGCACGUGUCGUGGAGAAUGCACCGAGUGAAGCUGCUUCCAUUGGUUUCUCCACUGCUCCUUCGGCGAGGGGAUACUUGAUGGUAUUUAGCGAUGUGUAUGACGCCCCUGCGUUGUCAUUUGCUUCGGAGUGCUCUUUUUCCGCAGCUGCAUUACUGUUGACAAGACUGCAUGCCACCGUACACGCGUUUGGUCCUGCGACACUCUGUAGCGUUGUGGGAAGUCGACUUCAGGCCCUGACGCGCUCUACUGGAGGCUUAUGUGCUUCUCAUUUUGCCCUUUCUCACGUGGGUUACAUGCUGGACGGGGAUGUAGCCGAGAGACUGCCGCAAGAUGAAAAUGUUACAGAUCGUCAGGCGCAAGAACGCCUGGUGGAGCGGUAUAUAGUGCGGCCUGUCAAUUUGCCACAGGGGCCGAGCUCCAUGUUUAACGCUGACGAAUCUAACACCAGUUAUUUGGCAUGGCUUUGUCCCUCUUGCAUGACGGUGAUGGUGCGGCACCCGUGGGAGGACGAGGCGGUGAAGAACUGUCCGUACUGCUCUCUCGCUGACGGCACCGACGGAGAUAGCUAA